GUCGGCAUUCCCCAUCCCUUCCUCUCAGGCUCUGAACAUCUGACCACUCCACAGUCCACACACACACACACACUCCACCUAAUCCUCUUCUCAUCCGUGCCCGCUGCACACAUGGACGCGAGCCAGGGCGUCCUCCUGUCCAGCUCCCUGGUCGGCGCGGCCAAUGGCCCCGCCCCCGCGUCGUGGCCGGAGCUGCUCGGCUCCAGGCACUGGGACGGCCUCCUCGACCCGCUCGACCUCACGCUCCGGCGCCUCAUCCUGCUCUGCGGCGACCUCUGCCAGGUCACCUACGACUCCUUCAACUCCGACUCCCACUCCAAGUACUGCGGCAGCUGCCGCUACUCCCGCUCCACGCUCUUCGCCCGCACCAUGUUCCCGGCCGCCGCCGACGUCGACCCGGCGGCCUACCUCUACGCCACCUCCCAGGCGUCGUUCCCGGGCGGCAUCAUGGUGUUCUCGCUCUCCCGCGAGGCCUGGAGCAAGGAGUCCAACUGGAUCGGCUACGUCUCCGUGUCCACGGACGCCGCCGCCGCCGCCACGGGCCAGCGCGUCAUCUACGUCGCGUGGCGCGGCACCAUCCGGACGCUCGAGUGGGUGGACGUGCUCAAGCCAGACCUCGUCUCGCCCGACCACGUCAUGAAGGGAUGGUACCUCAUCUACACCUCCAGCGACGAGCGCUCGCCCUUCUCCCAGCACAGCGCGCGGGACCAGCUGCUCGCCGCGGUGCGCGAGCUGGUGGCCAGGUACAAUGGCGAGAGCCUCAGCAUCGUGUGCACCGGCCACAGCCUCGGCGCGUCGCUCGCCACGCUCUCCGCGUUCGACAUGGCGGUGAACGGCGUGUCCAGGGUCGCCGGCGCCGACAUCCCCGUCACGGCCAUCGUGUUCGGGAGCCCCCAGAUCGGGAACCCCGAGAUCAAGAAGCGGUUCGAGGAGCUGCCCAACCUGCGCACGCUCCACGUCAGGAACAAGCCCGACCUGAUCCCGCUGUACCCGAGCGACCUCCUGGGCUACGCCAACGUCGGCGACCUCCUGGCCGUGGACUCGAAGAAGUCGCCGUACGUGAAGGAGAACACCACCAACGUCGGCGACUACCACAACCUGCAGGGCAUCCUGCACACGGUGGCCGGCUGGAACGGGAACGACGGCGAGUUCAAGCUGCAGGUGCACCGCAGCGUGGCGCUGGUGAACAAGUCGUCCGCGUUCCUCACGGACGACAACCUCGUGCCGGAGUCGUGGUGGGUGGAGCGGAACAAGGGGAUGCAUUUGAAAAACCAAUUUCUCUAUACUUCUUGAAGAAUGAAAUCAGCCCCUGCACUUUCUCAAUUGCAAUAUCAAUAAGCAUAUCCUUUGCUUGUAAUUGUUUGCUGACCAAGUUAACAGCAGACAAUACUUCAUACCAGAUAAUUAUUGCCACAAUAAAUUCAAAGUCACCAAGCUCAUUGGUCGCUACGGAUUUAGCUUCA